GCUACUUCGAUGCUAGAUUAGAGAUAAAGAUUUAGAUGAAGCACUACAGAGUAAAUAGUGACGAAAGCUUUAAUCAGAAUAAAUCUACGAGCUACCAUAAGCAACAAAUGUCACUCAACAAUCUGAACGAGAUCAGAAUUUUGAUGGUCUCUAUCGUAGGCGGUAGCUGGAAUCCUGUAGACGUGAGCAACGUUUUCAAUCAUGCUAAAGCUAGAAACGCCGUUUUGGUAUGCCUACCAAUCUAUGAGGAAGACUAUCCAUAUUGCAAUUUUUACCUUACGGACUUAUUUUUGCGACAAACCUCUCCUCAAGCUAUUACGAACAGCGAAUUGGAUGCCAUUUUGACCAGUCACACUUCACGGAAUUCUUCACAGAAUGUAUUAGCGCACAUAUUAGUUAAAGUUGAAAGGCCAAAAUCUGUUACAAAUACCGAUACCACUCUGCCCCUCAGUUUACGGCCUGGUAGACAACCCAGACCACCUAGUAGUGCCGGCAGGCGUAGUACAAGUGGCGGGAACUCUAGACUUGAUGAUUUUGGUGCACCAAUUACUUCUCCUUCUGUAGAGAAAGAACAACACGCUUUACUUUCAAAGUUCGAGCAAGAGCAACGUGAUCAUGAAUUAGCGCAAAAGCUUCAAGAAGACCUACGAAUUGAGGAUGAGCGUGCACGCGAGGAACAUAACAGAAAAAUAGAGCGUCAACAACGACAGUGGGCCGAACAAGUCGCUGGUUGUGAAAUGCCUCACUCAGAAGUUGAUUUGGCUCGAAGAAGGCACCGAGAGCGUGAACGGCUAUUGCUAUUAAGGGAGCGUGAAAGGCUUCAACAACAACAACAACAGACCGAAAGAAAAACAUUCUCCUCUUACCCCGCUGAUCAAAGGCGCCUUCAGAAGUCUUCCCGUCAUUCUCCAUACCCGGCACCACAAAACAUACCAAUGACUUCACCAGCGUGGAAUACGCGACCACCCAUAACUACUUCAAAGCAAUCAGCGUAUACUCGUGCUUACCAUAAUCAGCGUCCAGCACAAUUCCCAACGACACCUGGAGUACCUUCAAUACCGCCACCAACGAGACAAACAGCACUAAAGAAUCAAAGCUCACUACAAACUGCCAGAAGUAUGGGCAACAUUUAUGAAAAUUAUCAUAAUCAAGAGAAUUCUAAGGUAUUCCCUGCUGUACUACCAAAUGUAUCAGCGGGCUAUGUUAAACAGGGAAAAAGUAAAGCUCCAGUUUAUGUUUCGUCUCAGCAACCUCAAAUUACUUCACCAGUUGCUCAACGUAGUAUUUAUUCACCAACUAAUUCAUAUCCAGUGCACCAAGCGACGCUUACGAAUCACCCUUCACACCCUCCUGCAGUUGAACCAUCUAAUGCUUCACCUUAUUCUAAUAAUGCACGGGCUCCUACAAGGCCAUACUCUGAAGAAGAACUUAACUGGUUGUAUAGAAUGAAUCAACAAAUUGACGAACAGCAGAUAAGAAGUCAAAAUUCUUCCCAGCAGCCUUAUGUAUCAUCACCAAAUUCAGCAAUACUAGUAUCGCCUGGAUAUAAUGGAUCCAACCUUGCAUCGAGUAACAAUCCAACACAAUACCUCACUACAAGUCCUAAUUCAGACCAUAGUUCUCGUUCACCUUCUGCUAAUGAUGGGUUGUAUAUUACAGGUAUACCAAAACCUAGACAAGCUAAUAAUCGCGCUUAUUCGUCAACAAACAAGAUGAGACCGCUUUCUGUUGAGGAUAAUACGAUAGAUAAGUAUUAUCAAGAUGAAUCUGUACUAGCCACGUCCGCGCCGGCAAAUCACCCUAAAAUCUCGUCAUUUAGUGAUCAGCAGAAUUCACCCCAAGCUGAACAUGAACCAAGGACUAUUUAUCGUAAUCAUCAUAACCAGGACAGUUCUAUAUCGAGCAUACCUGAUGAACGUACAUCUAGUUCAAAUAGGUCAUCAGCGACUAGCGUCGAUCCACUGACACCAGCAUCUGAUAUUAAUAGUCCUGCUUAUCAAGACAGACUGAUUUCUGAAGAAGACCAAGAAUUUUUAUUGGAGGAUGUAACUAAUGCUUAUUUCAAAGAGUCGGAUAAUAGUGAAUCAGAUUAUGAUGGUGAAGUAGCUUCAGGUGAAGACUAUUUAUCAACAACUGAUGAUGAUGAUGAAUUUGGAUGGAAAAUUAAACCAGCUUAUCAAUACGACAAAACUUCAAUCAAAUCCUCUCAAAAUGCUACACCGACUUCACCUGAGAUGCCAACGAUUAUUCCAAGUAGAUCCAAUACGAAAGAAAUUGAGCAUCAACAACAUAAAUCACCAUCAUUAGAUACUGUUAAAGAUUAUAAUACUCAUGAUAGUACCAGUGAAGAUGAAGGACAAGCAACAUGGCAACUGCCUCCGAAGAUAAUUUCAGAUAAACUUCAUGAAUCUAAUAUUAAUAACUCUAAGCAGGAAAAAAGGAAAUUACAGCUUAUUAUACCAGAAAGUAAUGUCCUUACAUCUGAACCUCAAACUACCAUAACGACUACGACAUCAGCUUCAGAUUCAGGUUCACCUGCUCAGCACCAAUUACGUUCACAUAAACUAUCACCAAACUUACUAAGUAGGAGGAAACUACAUAGAGGUUCCAGUAUACGUGAUAAGAGAAAUGAAAAUGCACUUUUUAGACCUAAUCCGGAGGACUUGAUUGACAAUUUGGAGUUGUAUUUCCCUGGGCAUGAUUUAGAUAGACCCAUAGUGUCAAAUGAUGGUACUGAUGAGGCGACACCUGAUAACAAAGUAUCGUCACCCUCUAAUGAAGCGGUUCAUACUAAUACGAAUGAUACUGAUAAUUUCAAUAAUGAAACAGAACAACUUAAUACAAGAGUCAGAAGGACACGAACGAUAAGACAUGUUGCUCAAGAUCAUCGGAAAGCUUUGGACAGGGCAAGGUCAUUUAAAGUUGGCGAUGAUGCUUCGUAUCAAUCGAAAGAGCGCUCUUCUGUUAUCUAUGAAGAACCAUCAGAGUUGACAAGGGAAGAUACAAUACCAGACACAGAUAGUCAGAAUCUGGAACAGCAAGUACGUUCAAUGAGUCAAUCUAAUUUGCGGAAAUCACCUGUUAUUGAUGAUAGAGCUGGAUUAAAACGUCGCUCAACUGUAUUCUGGGGCAAUAAAGUAGUGCAAGUUCAACCAAAUGAAAGAGAAAGGCAAGAGCAAAUACUAUCUCCAGUAACUAAUGAACCUUCAACAAUUAAAUGGGUCAAAGGUGAUUUAAUUGGUAAAGGAUCAUUUGGUCACGUCUAUUUAGCACUCAAUGCAAAUACGGGAGAGCCUUUAGCUGUAAAACAGAUCGCUCUUACUGCUCACUCAGAUGAAGAUAAUGAUGGCGAUGACAAGCUAGUUGACAGUAUUAAAUAUGAGAUUGAAUUACUUAAAGAUUUAGAUCACGAUCGCAUUGUCAGCUAUCUCGGGUUUGAAAGAACUGAUAAAUUCUUUUCAAUAUUUCUUGAAUAUGUUCCAGGUGGUUCAGUUAUGCGCUGUUUAAGAAGACAUGGUCCGUUUGAGGAAGAUUUAGUCAGGUUUUUCAUGAGACAAGUUCUUGAUGGUUUAGUAUACCUUCAUGACAGAGGCGUAUGGCAUAGAGAUCUAAAAGCAGAUAAUUUACUGGUUGAUUUCGAAGGAAAUUGCAAAAUAUCAGACUUUGGUGUAUCAAAAGCAGCAGACUCUGAUGCAUACGGUACAAAUGCUGGAGCUACUAACAUGAAAGGAACGUUCUAUUGGAUGGCUCCUGAGGUGAUUGAUUCGGUAGGAAUGGCUGGUUAUUCAGCCAAAUGCGACAUUUGGAGUUUAGGUUGUGUACUUUUAGAGAUGCUCACAGCUGAAAGACCAUGGCCUAAGAUGACAAUGGUUCAGAUAGUCAUGGAGGUCGGUCAAAAACGUUCUGCACCACCUGUGAAAGAAGGCAUAGAAAUGAGUCAAGAUGCUAUCGCAUUUAAGAAUGCUUGCUUUAAAGCCGAACCGAGAGAAAGACCAACUGCAUCACAAUUAGCCGAUGACAAGUUUUUAACUAUAGAUAAGGAGUGGAAUUUCAAAGAUAGCAGACUAGGCCAAACUAUAAGAUCAACCAAUAGACUACAUUCUUCAUAAUUACUUCUUUUUCUAUAUUGUAAUAAUGUGCUUGUAUUAAGUUUCAGUCCGUACAUUAGC